AUGGAAUUACCCAAGAGGGAAUCAAGCCACUUCCUGGUUCCAGCAAGAGGGAACCAAGCCACUUCCUGGUUCCAGCAAGAGGAAAUCAAGCCACAUCCCGGUUCCAGCAAGAGGGAACCAAGCCACAACCUGGUUCCAGCAAGAGGGAAUCAAGCCACACCCUGGUUCCAGCAAGAGGGAAUCAAGCCACACCCUGGUUCCAGCAAGAGGGAACCAAGCCACUUCCUGGUUCCAGCAAGAGGGAAUCAAGCCACAUCCCGGUUCCAGCAAGAGGGAACCAAGCCACAUCCUGGUUCCAGCAAGAGGGAAUCAAGCCACACCCUGGUUCCAGCAAGAGGGAAUCAAGCCACACCCUGGUUCCAGCAAGAGGGAAUCAAGCCCCACCCUGGUUCCAGCAAGAGGGAAUCAAGCCACAUCCCGGUUCCAGCAAGAGGGAAUCAAGCCACACCCUGGUUCCAGCAAGAGGGAAUCAAGCCACAUCCCGGUUCCAGCAAGAGGGAACCAAGCCACACCCUGGUUCCAGCAAGAGGGAAUCAAGCCACACCCUGGUUCCAGCAAGAGGGAGGUCAGCAGGAGCCAAGAUAA